AUCUUCCUCUCUAUAUAAACCCACCUCUCUCUCCAUCGUCUCUCUCACCUUCUUCUCCGCCCGCGCUGAAACGUCUGCAAGAAGAGAGAGAGAGAGAGAUGAGCACGUACUACAACCAGAAUCAUCCGCCGGUUGGCGCCCCUCCCCCUCAAGGGUACCCAAAAGUUGAAGGGUAUCCUCCUCCGGGGUAUCCCGCGCAGGGUUAUCCGGCGCAGGGGUAUCCUCCGCAGGGAUAUCCUCAGCAGCAAGGAUAUGGCCAGCCCUACUACGAGGAGCAGCGCCCCCGGAAGGACACUAGCUUUCUUGAAGGAUGCUUAGCGGCGCUUUGCUGCUGUUGUCUGCUGGACGCAGUUUUCUGAGGCGGGGCUCCGAAGUUGGGCAGGGGACGGAUUUAGGGAGAUCGUUCCGAUUUCCAUCUCUGCAGAUUGGAAGGAGGAGUUAGUCUCAUGAUCUGUCAGGAUGAUUUGGGCUGUGAUGUCUUUGUUAUUUUAUUGAAUGAUCUCUGUUGAUGUGCAUAUCUGGAGACUAUUGUUAUCCUACUUCCCUCUUCCACUGAUUAUGAGACGUGUGCCUUCUCUGA